AUGAAGACUCAAUCUUUCAGACCCUUCCCAAGGCUUCCAGCCGAACUUCGCCUCAAAAUAUAUUCAUUCGCUCUCUCAGAACCCACCAUCAUCACAUUUAACAACCGGAGACUCGAUGACCGCACGCGUGAAGGGACCAAUGUAGCCUGGGGUCACUGCAAGGGCGACAACCACAUUUUUGUCAGACAUCGGCCAGUACCCAGUCUGUUCCACGUCUGCGCCGAGUCACGAGCGGUAUGUCUUCAACACCAUACCCAAGGUUUCGAGGUCUUUGUCACAAAACGGAAAAGCGCAAUCAUGUCGCCAUGCACCGUACAUGGACAUUACCACGACGGCGUAAACACAACCCGCAAACCUCGUUGCCGUCAUGAGAACACCAUGUCCUCUGGAAAGCUUAAACACAUCUACUGGAAUCCCAACGUGGAUAUCAUACAUAUGAAACGACUGCCUAUAACCGAUGGUGGUAUCGGAGAAGAUGGUUGGGACGACAGUAAGACCGCCGCCUAUCUUUGGGCAGAUUACCAUUGGUGCAGCUACAAGCUUGCCAUCUGUGGAAUCCGUCGAGUUGCAAUGAGCCUUGUCAUGUUCAAGCGAUGGUAUAGGGCUCCGAGGCAGAGGAUUGUGAGGGGCGUUGAAGUGGUAUAUGUCCUUCUCAAUCGCCAAGUCGGCGAUGGAGACCAAGAAUGGGAUGAACAUGUCAAAUGGUUUGGGAGGUGGUUUGCUCCUCACAUGAAGUCUCUCCUUGAGGAUGAGAUGGUGAAGGCUGAUCCGCUUCCUUUCGACACAUUCCAGUUGAAAUUGGUUGGAUUGAUAGGAGAAGAGGGAUUGGAACCGAGAGAUCUUCUGAACGCCAUAGAUUGGGUGGAAGAUACAACUGGUACCUGGAGUUCCGAAGACCAGGAAUUCCAGAAACAACGGUACCCAGAGAUAUUCAGAUGA